UCCUCCUCCUCCUCCUCCUCAGCAGCAGGCGGGGUGAGGUGGCCAGCCGCUCAUCCACCGGUGUCAUGGCUUCCUAACAGGCGGGGGGGAACCGACCGAGGAGCACAACAAGGAGUCCUGCACAGUGCCCGACACGCCGCCGUCGCCCUUUCCAGAACCUUCAAGGUUUGGGACCGAGGGGCUCGGCUUCCCCCCAUUUCUCCCCCUCCCUCCGCCCGCCCGCCCAUCAGGGUGGACUUUUUUUUUUGUCUUUUCUUCUUCAUCUUCUUCCUUUUUAAAUCGGUGAAUUUCCAUUCGGCGAACCGUGGAAGAUGGCCGACCCGGCGGAGUGCACCAUCAAAGUGAUGUGCCGCUUUAGGCCGCUGAACAGCUCCGAGGUGACGCGCGGCGACCGAUACAUCCCCAAGUUCCAGGGGGAAGAAACCGUGGUCAUAGCGAGUAAACCGUACAUGUUCGACAGAGUGUUUCAGUCGAGUACAACACAGGAACAAGUGUACAACGCCUGCGCCCAGAAGAUUGUAAAAGAUGUUCUGGAGGGAUACAAUGGAACAAUUUUUGCGUAUGGACAGACAUCAUCUGGUAAAACACACACCAUGGAGGGGAAUCUCCACGACACAGAUGCGAUGGGCAUCAUCCCCAGGAUAGUUCAAGACAUCUUCAACUACAUCUAUUCCAUGGACGAGAACCUGGAGUUUCAUAUCAAAGUUUCAUAUUUUGAAAUCUACUUAGACAAGAUCCGGGACCUUUUGGAUGUGUCGAAGACCAAUCUGUCAGUGCACGAAGACAAGAACAGAGUACCCUACGUCAAGGGCUGCACUGAGAGAUUUGUCUGCAGCCCAGAUGAGGUCAUGGACACAAUUGAUGAAGGCAAAUCUAACAGACAUGUAGCAGUUACAAACAUGAACGAGCACAGCUCCAGGAGUCACAGCAUCUUCCUGAUAAACGUCAAACAGGAGAACACUCAGACGGAGCAGAAGCUCAGCGGAAAACUCUACCUGGUGGAUCUGGCUGGUAGUGAGAAGGUGAGUAAAACCGGAGCAGAAGGAGCUGUGCUGGAUGAGGCCAAGAACAUCAACAAGUCUCUGUCGUCGCUGGGAAACGUCAUCUCCGCUCUGGCUGAAGGAACGGCCUACAUCCCGUACCGAGACAGCAAGAUGACCCGAAUCCUGCAGGACUCGCUGGGCGGAAACUGUCGAACCACCAUCGUCAUCUGCUGCUCGCCUUCCUCCUAUAACGAGUCCGAAACCAAAUCCACUCUCAUGUUCGGACAAAGAGCAAAGACCAUCAAGAACACGGUCACUGUGAACGUUGAGCUGACAGCAGAGCAGUGGAAGCAGAAGUACGAGAGGGAGAAGGAAAAGAACAAGACCCUCAGGAACACCGUCACCUGGUUGGAGAACGAGCUCAACCGCUGGAGGAACGGUGAGAGUGUGCCAGUGGAGGAGCAGUUUGAUAAGGAGAAAGCCAAGGAGGAGGUGCUCGCCCUGGACAACAUACUCAACGACAAGCCGGCGUCCACGCCCAACGUGCCCGGCGUUCGCCUCACCGACGUGGAGAAGGACAAGUGCGAGGCCGAGCUGGGCAAGCUCUACAAACAGCUGGACGAUAAGGAUGAGGAGAUCAACCAGCAGAGCCAGCUGGCGGAGAAGCUGAAGCAGCAGAUGCUGGACCAGGAGGAACUUCUGGCCUCCUCCCGCCGCGACCACGAGAACCUGCAGGCUGAGCUGAACCGCCUGCAGGCGGAGAACGAGGCCUCCAAGGAGGAGGUGAAGGAGGUGCUGCAGGCGCUGGAGGAGCUGGCCGUCAACUAUGACCAGAAGAGCCAGGAGGUGGAGGACAAGACCAAGGAGUUUGAGGCCAUCAGCGAAGAGCUCAGCCAGAAAUCGUCCAUCCUGUCGUCUCUGGACUCGGAGCUCCAGAAGCUGAAGGAGAUGUCCAACCACCAGAAGAAGCGCGUGACCGAGAUGAUGUCGUCACUGCUCAAAGAUUUAGCCGAGAUCGGCAUCGCGGUGGGCAGCAACGACAUCAAGCAGCACGAGGGCGGCAGCGGCCUGAUAGACGAGGAGUUCACAGUGGCUCGUCUCUACAUCAGCAAGAUGAAGAGCGAAGUGAAGACCAUGGCGAAGCGCUGCAAGCAGCUGGAGAGCACACAGUCGGAGAGCAACAACAAGAUGGACGAGAACGAGAAGGAGCUGGCCACCUGCCAGCUGCGCAUCUCCCAGCAUGAGGCUAAGAUCAAGUCGCUAACCGAGUACCUGCAGAACGUGGAGCAGAAGAAGAGGCAGCUGGAGGAGAACGUUGACUCGCUGAAUGAAGAGCUGGUCAAGAUCAGCGCUCAGGAGAAAGUCCAUGCGAUGGAGAAGGAGAACGAGAUCCAGACAGCCAAUGAAGUCAAGGAAGCGGUGGAGAAGCAGAUCCACUCGCACCGCGAAGCUCACCAGAGGCAGAUCAGCAGCCUGAGGGACGAGCUGGACAACAAGGAGAAACUGAUCACCGAGUUGCAGGAUCUGAACCAGAAGAUCAUGCUGGAGCAGGAGCGGCUCAGAGUCGAGCACGAGAAGCUCAAAUCCACUGACCAAGAGAAGAGCCGCAAGCUGCACGAGCUCACGGUGAUGCAGGACAGACGGGAGCAGGCCAGACAGGACCUGAAGGGUCUGGAGGAGACAGUGGCGAAGGAGCUGCAGACGCUGCACAACCUGAGGAAACUCUUCGUCCAGGAUCUAGCCACCAGGGUGAAAAAGAGCGCCGAGAUGGACUCGGACGACACCGGUGGGAGCGCGGCACAGAAACAGAAAAUCUCCUUUCUUGAGAACAAUCUUGAGCAGCUCACCAAGGUUCACAAACAGCUGGUUCGUGAUAAUGCAGACCUGCGCUGUGAGCUUCCAAAACUGGAGAAGCGUCUGCGCGCUACGGCUGAGCGGGUCAAGGCCCUGGAGUCUGCUCUGAAGGAGGCCAAGGAGAACGCCGCGCGCGACCGCAAGCGCUACCAGCAGGAGGUGGACCGCAUCAAGGAGGCGGUCCGAGCCAAGAACAUGGCACGGAGGGGACACUCGGCCCAGAUCGCCAAACCCAUCCGGCCCGGGCAGCAGCCGGUGGCGUCUCCCACCCACCCCAACAUCAACCGCAGUGGAGGAAGCUUCUACCAGAACAGCCAGACGGUUUCCAUCAGGGGAGGAGGCAGCGGCAAACCAGACAAGAACUGAAGAGCAGGCGAGAUCGUAGCACAGUACCACAGAAGAAGAAGCCCAAUAUCACGCACCCCCCUCCUCCACCCCGACAACCCGUCAUUCCACUACAGCGAACAGGCUCCUCGUCGCUGCUUUGGAGCCAAGAAGGAGUUUUCUGAAUUAUAAAUAUAUAUAUAUAAAUAUUCCUGGCCUGUACAGCUCCCCCGAACCCCCCCCCCCCCCCCCCCCCCCCCCCCCCAAUUCUCACCGUCGUCUUUUUUCUCUUACUGGCGACAAAUUCCAUUCACAAAAUGCGAGAGAAUAUUCUUGAGCCUCGGAGAGCGAAACUGCGCCGCGACUGUAGCUUCGGUUUCGUUUUUCUGAUUUGCACAGUUUCUUCGUCAUCUGUCGUCGUCGUGCGAGUCGCUCUGCGCCGAGCUGAAUGUAAAAAUAAAAACUAAAAUCAACACCUUUAUAAAACACAGACCCUACCUACCAAGAGAAAUAGCUCAACCUCCUGUAGAAGCUUUAACCUCUGUACAUUUACAUCACGACUAUUAUUGGUUUGUUUAACCUCACACUUUUUCUUCUCUGGCUAGAUUUUACAUGCUUCUUUAAGGAAAAAAGAAAAAAAAACGACACAAAAACAUUAAAUAAAAUACAAUUGUACGGUUUGCGAUUUUGACUAGCUGGCGUCGAGCACUACUGUUUCUUGUCCGGUCUCGUUUGUACAGAUGUAAAAAUUGGCACUGCUGCACAAGGCUUCCCUGGAGAGACAGGGAGAGAGAGCGGGACGGUGAUCUGGGAACGGCUAAAAAACAUAAUGUGUUGAAAAAAUAAAAAUAAAAAGCCAAGACGUGCGACUGUGUAGUGUAGAUGUAUUUAACUAAAACACCUGUGGAGGCCGACCGUUGUUAUCGUUAAGUUAAAACAAAACCUAUACUCGCUCUCGGUGACUUUGUGAGAAGGAUGUAAAGAAUGUAGAAAGAAGGAAUGAUCCCGUUAACUGAACAAAACUUCCACCUUUUUUUUUUUUUUUUUUUUAGGACCGUCGAUGCUAAAUUAGCUUCAUGUACUGUUUUUACUCCUCACUGGUUAAUCAUGCUGCGUGUUGAUGGACGCUAUUUAUAUCUUUCUUUGCGUGUGUGUGUGUGCGCACAGUGGAGCACAUAGACGGCGGGCGUGUAGACUGAGAUCACACACACACACACACACACACACACACACACACACACACACACACACACACACACACACACACACACACACACACACACACACACACACACACACACACACGAUGCUUGUCCUGUCCUGGCUGGGUUCGCUGUCACUCACUCGUCUCCCUUCAACUCUUAAUAAUCAAGACUUUAUUUUGUUUUGUUUUGUUAGUUUUAAAACCUCCCGACCCAUCGGGUCCCUGCCGCAUCAUGAUUUCUUUUCCAACAGGGUGCCUCACUUCUAUACAUACACAUACAUACGUACAUAUUAUAUUAUUUGGCUUCCCCUCUCACAAAAACCAGCGGGCGACUCUUCUUCUUCUAGAGCUUGGACCUGUAAUUGUACGUCGCCCCCCUUUGGUUGUACAUUUUGCAGAAAGCUAUUUGUGUUUUUGCUGGGUUUUUAAAUGUACUGUAUCUUUUCAUUGGUUCGUAGAGCAGGUAGAGGCUUGUUUGAAGGCGGGCGGGGCAUGGGGGGCGGGCGGGGGCGUGUCAGUCGAUGGGUCAGACCCCUUUGCCGCUGAUCAGCCAGUCAGGAGAGCAGGGUCUAAAAUUGCACAACAGUUUUCUUGUCAUUAUCUGGAGGGAGGGGGUUUAUUUAACUCAAUCUAGUCAGGGGGAGGUGUUGUAGCAUUUACUCUUUUGUUCUGUUGUUUUUGUUGUAUUUUCCUAUUUUUUUCCUUCAGUUUUAAUUCCCACCACAGCUUCUUUUUUUUUGUUUUUGUUUUUUAACCCUGUGAAGUCCCGGUGCAUUGGCGAAGAUGUUGUUGUGAUUGUAACCCCCCCCCCACCCGGCAUGACAACACUAACGGUGCAAUAUACUGUAAAAUGUACACUGUAUAUCAGUCGAGGGCUGGCGGAUGUGGAGGCGGCGGCGAUGAUCCUGCCCCUCUUCCUCCCGUCGGCUUCAGCUUCACCGACUUCCACCAAAAAGAUAAAUCGAUGUACUGUGCAGUAAACUCUGUAGGAUAUCAAUAUGGUAAAACUUCACUUCCAGUACAGUAAUAUAUAUAUCGGAAUUAGAAUGUAAACAUAACGAUUUGACUUUUGUAGAGAGAAAAAAAUCAAAGAAGCCACUUUUUUGGCCGAGACUAGUGGAACAAAAUAUAAAUGUGGGGACGGGAGUUUGUCUUUCUCUGGUCGUCUUGUAGGAGGAGAGUCGUCUCUCACAACACUUCUUCACAAUAUCUGCACUCGGAUAAAAGAAUAAAACACUCCACACGUGGCUGUUUUUGACUUGAAAGUAAACAUAAGUCCUGUAAAUUUCUCAAAGGCAAAUCAUUGAACGACUUUUCCACACGAGCGGCCGGGAGCAGUCGCUGCCCCCUCGGUUUAUUCCCUCUGUGUAAAUCUUCUAGAUUAGUUGAGCAGCAGCAGCAGCGUGGACCUCAAACUGUUUAACCUUUGACCUUUCACCAAAAACGUGAUCAUGAAAUAGGAGGGGGGGCGGGGGUGAAAAUAGUCAAUAAAAGCAGCAGAGAAUUAUUUGAGUGUUGUGUUCCUAAAUUAAAUUGAUUUUUUUUUUGCAAUUAAUUCUAAAAUUUAAAAGGAAAAAAAACAAAAGUGUAUCCACUUUUCUUUUUUUUUUUUAUUACUGUGUAAUAAUAGUUGGUCGAUUUUUAAAAGGACAGUUUUGAGGAUCCACCGGUGGACGGAGGUACUGGAUCAUUCCUGGACAACUGGGACACAAAUAGCGGGGGGCUCCGACGCGACGGAGACGGGAAGUUUAAUGAGAUCACAGUUUUCUGGAUUGAACUGCAUGAUGUAAAUGUAUGUGUGAUUAAAUAAUUAUGAGAAAA